AUGGCUACUUCCUCGAAAAAGGAUGAGGUGGAGACCUUUGCCUUUCAGGCAGAAAUAGCCCAGUUGAUGUCCUUGAUCAUCAACACUUUUUACUCCAAUAAGGAAAUCUUUCUCAGGGAGCUGAUUUCCAAUGCAUCUGAUGCUUUGGAUAAAAUCCGGUACGAGAGCUUAAUUGACCCAAGUAAACUGAAUUCUGGAAAGGAUUUGAAGAUCACCAUUAUUCCUGAUGUCCAUAACCGUACCCUAACUAUUGUAGAUACAGGCAUUGGGAUGACCAAAGUGGAUCUAGUGAAUAACCUGGGUACAAUUGUCAAGUCUGGCACCAAAGCCUUCAUGGAAGCCCUGCAGGCAGGGGCAGACAUCUCCAUGAUUGGUCAGUUCGGCGUUGGCUUCUACUCUGCCUAUCUGGUGGCUGAGAAAGUGACCGUCAUCACCAAGCACAACGAUGACGAGCAGUAUGCAUGGGAGUCUUCAGCUGGGGGCUCCUUCACUGUCAGGCUGGACCGUGGUGAGCCUCUAGGCCGUGGUACAAAAGUUAUUCUGCUUCUGAAGAAAGACCAUUUGGAGUACUUGAAGGAAAGACGACUUAACGAAGUAGUCAAGAAGCAUUCCCAGUUUAUUGGCUAUCCAAUAACACUCUUUGUAGAAUAUGAGCAUCAGAAAGAAGAGAGUGAUGAGGGAAAAGAUAAUUCUGAAGACAGGCCAAAGGUUGAGGAUAUUGGCUCUGAGGAAGAAAAGAGAGAAAGUGACAAGAAGAAAAAAACAAUCAAGGAGAAAGUUAUUGUUCCAGAAGAGCUCAACAAGGCCAAGCCAAUUUGGACCAGGAACCCAGAUGGCAUUACUAAUGAGGAAUAUGCAGAAUUCUACAAGAGCCUGACCAACGACUGGGAAGACCACCUGGCGGUAAAACACUUUGCAGUGGAAGGACAGCUGGAAUUCAGAGCUCUUCUUUACGUCCCAAGGCGUCCGCCUCUCGGUCUCUUCGACACUAGGAGGAGGAAGAACAUCAAGCUCUAUGUGCGCAGAAUCUUCAUCAUGGAAGACUGCGAAGACCUUUUGCCUGAAUACCUGAACUUCAUACAUGGUGUGGUGGAUUCGGAAGACCUGUCUCUCAAUAUCUCCCGUGAAAGGCUACAACAGUCCAGGAUCCUGAAAGCAAUCAAGAAGCACUUGGUGAAGAAAUGCUUGGAGCUCUUUGCUGAGCUGGCAGAAGAUAAAGAAAGCUACAUGAUCUUCUAUGAGCAUUUUUCCGGAAAUAUAAAGCUUGGUUUACAUGAUGAUACCCAGAACCACCAGAAACUAUUGGAGUUGUUGAGAUUCCACACUUCUGCUUCCAUGGAUGAGAUGGUGUCCCUGAAAGAUUACUGUGCACGGAUGAAGGAGAACCAGACGUUAAUAUACUACCUUGCUGGUGAAAACCUAGAGCUGAUAGCGAACUCUGUUUUUGUGGAGCGCCUCUGUAAGCGCGGCUUGGAGGUCAUCUAUAUGACGGAGCCCAUGGACGAGUAUUGUAUCUAUCUGCUGAAAACCUUUGAGGGCAAAACCUGCUUUUCUGUCGCUAAAGUAGGGCUCGAGCUGCCAGAAACCGAAGAGGAAAAGGCCACGCUGGAAGAGAAGAAGGCAAAGCUAGGGAAGCUCUGCAAGGCCAUAAAAAAGAGACUGGAAUCGAAAAUAGAAAAAGUCGUAGUCUCCAACCGACUGGUGACUUCUCCGUGCUGUAUUGUGACCACUUUGUAUGGCUGGACAGCCAAUAUGGAAAGGAUCCAGAAGGCACAAGCAUUGUACUGCAACACACCGGAUUACAUGUCUACCAGAAAGUGCAUGGAAAUAAACCCUGAUGAUGCCAUAAUUGAGAUAAUGAGGCAGAAGAUAGAAAUUGAUGAGAAUGACAAGGGUGUGAAAGACUUGGUCAUCCUUCUGUAUGAGCUAGCUCUCCUGUCUUCUGGCUUCACUCUAGAGAAUCCCCAGAUACACGUUAACCGUAUCUAUAAAAUGAUCAGAUAUGGUCUAGGAGGAGAGCCCGGCUGGGUCUCCCGCUCGGCGCGCGCGUACUGUUUACAUUGUGGGACCAAAGAACUCAAGCGGCGGAAAAAGGCGCAUGCGCGCCCUUCUCCGCCGCCUCCUUUCUCUCCUCCUCCGCCUGAAGCUCCUCCCAUCUCUCCCGCGGGAGAAGGCUCGGAGGCGGCUCCGCCCCCUCCCUUUCUCUGUCAGUGA